UUCGAGUUGCCCACAUCUCGACGAGACGAGUUUGUGGUGAACUCGUCUUCAGCAUGGCGCCGAUGUCGCAGGAGGACCUUGAGUGGUUCAAAUCCACCUUUCACCCCAUUCCCAAACCAGAGAUACCCGAUGAUACCGUUGAUUAUGCACUAUAUCACAUCCUUUCUCGUCCCGCCCCCGCCACGGUCGAUGAGGUUGCAGAAACGCGAGCGCGACUGGUCGGAGUUCAACGGACUGCCGCGGAGCUCACAAAAGAGCUUUUGAAGGAUUAUAUAUGGCAGCGGGAAGGCUUCCGAUUGGAAAUUACCAAGGAUGAUGGGGUAACAUCUCUGCACGGGCGCACUAAUUUCGGAGACUCGAUUGAAGACGAAUGGGUCAUUGUGUACAUAUUGCGCGAAUUGACCAAGAAGCACAAGGAUAUAUGGGCUAGAGUGGUCGAUGGCGACGGCCAAUUUCUUCUUGUGGAGGCCGCUGCUACGCUGCCUGCCUGGCUGGAACCUGAAGUCGCGGAUAAUAGGGUGUGGAUCAACAAAGGCGAACUCGUCAUCAUCAAGCCGAAAAAUGAUAAGAAGGACAGGGUGACGGAAAAAUUGACUUUUGCAGACGCUAAGAAGAUUAUAAUGGAUGAACCGGCACGUCUCAUGCGUUCGACCAUGAUUCAAGAGGAAGCCUUUUACCGUUUGCGCAAUUACCCUAAACAGAUCAACGAAAAUCUUCAUUCUGCAUUGGUCACCAUCCCGCGCAAGGUCGCUUUUUUGCUGCACCAGAAACCCGCCUAUAUUUCCGCGGCUGUCGAGGCCUUCUAUCUCAGAGACCCGAUCGCAUUGCGUCCCUUACGUUCGAAAGACAUUAGCAGCUUCAUCUUCAAGCCGGAGGAUUUCGUAACGGUCAGCGUGCGCUUCACGCGGGUCGGCUACGCGCAGUUGAAGAGUCAAGAUUUCCCCAUCCCCAAGUCCUGGGCCGAGAGCCUACCGUCAAAGGAAGACCAAACAGCAUAUGGACGAGCAGAGGUAGGCAUGAAGCUGGCUUGCGGGUUUGAGAUGCUGCUCAAUGACCCUCAAAACCAGGACAAAGCAACAGUGAGAGAGAUGCAACUCGUUUUGGAAGACCUGGAAACUGGAGAUGAGCAAUUACCAACAGAUGAAGAAAUUCAGACUUGGGAUCAACGGGAGGAUGACGAGAAGUGGCUGGAUAUCAGCUUUGAGGAUCUGGAUCAGGAACUGAAAGGCAAGGGAAAAGGUACGGAGGACAACGCACGUGCACGUGGUGCCUUCGGAGACUCCAAUGCACAGGAAAAUCUGCAACGCAUCGUAGCACAAUUUGAAAAGUUCCUGAACGACGAAUCAGCUGGCUUUGAAGGAGCAGAAUUCAUCGACGACUUCAGCUCGGACGAGGAUGAGGAAGACGAUGAUGACGAAAUGAGUGAUGAGGGAGAGGACAAAGAAGCCUCGUUCAAUGAAGAAGAAUUUUCGAGAAUGAUGGCGGAAAUGAUGGGAAUGCCGUCCGGCUCAGGCCAUGGUCAGAGGGGCGUGUUCGGACAUCCACCGCACAACAGAGUACAAGAGCUGGACAACGACUCCGAGGAUGAUACUGAACAAAUCAAGGAUUUGUCGAGACAAAUGGAGGCGGAGCUUCGGGGCACCGGAGUUCUCGACUUGAACCGCCGGCCUAAGGCCGCUCAAGACCAACGAACUUUAGGAGAGGGCAAGUCGGGUGAGGAAGAAGAGGAUGAGAUGCCAGAUCUAGAUGAGGGCGAUGCUGAUAUCAACCUUGCGAAGAAUCUCCUUGAGAGUCUUCACGGUCAGGCUGGUGUUGCCGGGCCGGCUGGAAACAUGCUCUCCAUGAUGGGUCUCAAGAUGCCAAAGGAUGAUCGCCAUCGCUGAGUAUUUUCGGCUCAAAGCGUCCCUGAUUCAAUGGGGUCUUGCAUUGGAUUAUUGGUCUUCAUCACAACCGAAAUAUGCCUCUCCGCCUGAAUUUGAAUCCAAGUGGCUACGAAGCGGGCAGUUCCGGCUUCCGGCGACGGGUGCAAGUCGGAAGACAUUCACAAAUACGUACAACUUUUGUGCAAAAUUAUCUAGCACUGGGCAUGAGCAUCUCGCCCGAGUCCAAUGCAUCAGGACUCGAGCAAUGGAAGUGAAGGAGUAAGUGGUGAAGUCCUCUAUCGCUUCUCGUCAUGAGAGAUGGUCUGGUGGUGUAGAAGUACCUGCAAAAUAUAUAGUGAUAGUAGCGACGAAGUCCUGCUAGUACGCAAACUGGAG